AGGUGCUCAGCUCUUCAAAACCACAUUGCCUUCUGCAUUUCAUUUUAUUGAACAAUGACAUUUUCUAAUCACAUGAAGAGAAAAGGUUCAUGGCCCAAGAAGGUGGCCAGAAAAUGGCUUAAUAUAAAGACAAAACCAGAGGAGUUUUAUGCUGAUCAAAUGAUUGAAGAAAAUCUGCUGAACAAAACUGCACAUGACACAAUGGUAAAGCUGGAACCACAUACAUCCCAGGACACGGAUGUUCAAAAUCUAAGGUAUGUUUGGGUAUUUGCGGGAACAUGGAAUGUAGGAGGUGAAACACCCUAUAGUGACCUCAAUUUAGAUGAAUGGCUACAUGCAUCAGAAGCUCCAGCAGACAUCUAUGUAUUGGGCUUUCAGGAAAUUGUCCCUUUAAAUGCAAGGAAUGUCUUGGGUGUAGAAGACAAUUACCCUGCAGAAAAUUGGCUGGCACUUAUUCGCAAAACAUUGAACACGAACAUAAGUCAAAGUAGCAGUUCCACUCCUUGUUCCAGGGAUGGGCUGCAGGCUUCAUCAGAAGUACUUUACAGUUUUGACUCUGAUUUUGGAGAUUCUCAUGUGCAUAAAAAUUCAGUUCCUUACCAGAGAAAUUCCUUCCAGACCUCAAACCAGCUUUCCACACCAGAUGGUGAACCUAAAAGUUCUUCAUUAAAGCCAAAGCGAAUGUUCAGCCUUGUUGAUCAUUUCGCCUUGGGAAUAAUUGACACAGUCGAUUUCAGUUCGUUAUUUAGGUCAGUUUCAUCAGAGGAUGAAAGUGGCUUCAGUGAGAGAGAAUCGCCCCGUACUGUUUUAUGCUCUCCAAUGUCAUAUAGUUCCCCAUCAGAUAGAUCUGACUCAGGUGAGAUGAUCAACAGCUUCGAUUCAAGUCAACCAAAUUAUUAUCUGGCAGCUAGCAAACAGAUGGUUGGUGUGUUUCUCUGUGUUUGGGUGCGUAGUGAUCUAAGACAGCAUGUUCAAAAUUUAGAAGUCUCUUGUGUUGGUUGUGGGCUAAUGGGUUACCUUGGCAACAAGGGUUCCAUUGCAAUCAGCAUGUUAUUUCAUCAGACAAGUUUCUGCUUUGUUUGCACUCAUUUGACUUCAGGAGAGAAAGAAGGUGAUGAGAUACGGAGAAAUUCUGAUGUCAUGGAGAUCAUAAAGAAGACCCACUUUCCGCAAAUUGACAAGAUUUUGCCAAAGAAAACUCCAGAAAACAUUUUGGAGCAUGAUCGAGUUAUUUGGCUUGGGGAUUUGAAUUAUCGCCUUGCACUUAACUAUGCUGAUAGUCGAAAGCUCAUAGAAAACGAUGACUGGGAAACUAUGUUGGAGAAAGAUCAGCUUCGGAAUGAGAAGAAAGGAGGAGGUAUAUUUGAAGGAUGGAAUGAAGGGAAAAUAAAUUUCCCUCCCACUUACAAGUAUUGCAGAAAUUCAGACCAGUAUGCUGGAGAAAGUCUUAGAUCAGGGGCAAAGCGACGCACACCAGCAUGGUGUGAUCGUAUACUUUGGUAUGGAAAAGGUUUAAGGCAGCUCUCCUAUGAUCGUGGGGAAUCAAAGUUCUCUGACCACCGGCCCGUUUCUUCAGUUUUUAUGGCAGAGGUGGAAAUGCUCAACAGAGGCGAAUUAGAAAAAGCUUUGAUGAGUUCAGGUGGAAGAUUCCAAGUGGAAGAGCUCCUGUAGAAAAAUAAAAGUUGUCAUUAAGUUCUCAGAUUAUGCUUUUGGAUGUGAAUUUUGUAAAACAACUCAUAUGCAGAGAUGAAUGGCACAUUACUAGACAUUUGUACAUGGGUGCACUUGGGUGUCCCUCAAAUAGGAAAAUACCCAAUUGACAUUUUCCAAUUGUAUUAUAGAGGUUGUAGUAGAAGCCAAGCACAAAUGUGUACAUAAAAUAGUACACUGCAGAGUUGAAGCAAAGAGGUGGUUAAGUGGUGGAGUUUAGCAGAUUGUUCACCCUUUUUCCAGAGGCACGGUCAAGUUUUAGCUACGUAGCAUUUCUGAAGAACAAUCAAUAUUGCAGUUCUAGAAACAACUUGCAUUAUGAUACAAACAUAAUAAGGAGUUCAUCACACCACAUGUACCACGAGGACAUGGGAAGGGAAGGAAUGCCAAACUAGGCAGAGACAGCAUAGAGAAGAGAAGCAGUGGAGGAAGUUGUAGAAAUGUUUCAUAAUUAACUUUGUUGAUACCAUGGAGGGACACUCCUAAAUUUUCAGUCCACCAGCACAAUGAGUUUUCUAGUAUCUAGUCUGAUACCAGAAAAUGUGUGGACCGACUAAUUGAAAGACGAUAGAGCUUGUCAUAUUAGGCAGUCCAUAGUCGCAUGUAAAAUUUUGUAUCGGUUCAAAAUAACAUUAUUUCAGUGAACUCAUCAA